UAUCAAGUGCAUGUGGGUCUCUGGCUCACCCUCACACACUCGCCGGUCCUCUUGCAGCUCUUCCCGGGAUCUCUGGAUCCCGAUCGACGGUGACAGGCUCUCCACACCAAGCAGUCACCAUUUCUGCCCCCGGGAGACCCACGCUGGCAGCGCAGCCCCUUCCCCGACUCAGCAUCGGGAGGAAGACCCUGGUGGCGGCUGCCGUCGGGGUUAUGCUGGUCCUGGUGCUGGUGGUCCUCAUCCCCGUGCUCGUCAGCUCCGUGGGUAACGACGCCAGCCACUAUGAGAUGCUGGGCACCUGUCGCAUGGUGUGUGACCCCUACCUGAACAAAGGCACUCCGGCCAGCAGCACCAGCUCCACCGGGCUCCAGGCGGAGGCGGAGGCGUUGAGCGACCGCAGCAACGUGCUUCCACCCUCCACCUUACUGCAGGGCCCACAGGGGAAGCCUGGCAGGCCAGGCAAGCCCGGACCGCCCGGACCACCGGGAGAACCGGGUCCACCGGGACCAUCGGGGCCUCCUGGAGACAGAGGGGAUCAGGGUCGGACUGGGAUUUUGGGUCUGGGGGGGAACGGAGCUAUCAGCACGGCCACCUACAGCACGGUUCCUCGGGUGGCCUUCUACGCGGGGCUUAAGAACCCCCACGAAGGCUACGAGAUCCUCAAGUUUGACGACGUGGUCACCAACCUGGGCAACAACUACGAUGGCAUAGCGGGCAAGUUCAUCUGCAGCAUACCGGGCACUUACUUCUUCAUCUACCAUGUGCUGAUGAGAGGAGGAGAUGGCACCAGCAUGUGGGCAGACCUCUGCAAGAACGGCCAGGUUCGUGCCAGCGCCAUCGCCCAGGACGCCGACCAGAACUACGACUACGCCUCCAACAGCGUCAUCCUCCAUCUGGAAGCGGGCGACGAGAUAUACAUCAAACUGGAUGGAGGCAAAGCCCACGGAGGGAACAACAACAAGUACAGCACCUUCUCCGGCUUCAUCCUCUACGCCGACUGAGAGCAAACAGACACAGAGACAGUCAGACGGGAAGAGAUUGAGUGAAAAAAGGAGUUGGGGGGGUGGGGUGGGGGAUUGGUUGAGUGUGUGUUAAGAGCUGGAAUGCUUUCUAGUUUUCCCAAUUCUCUCCAUCAUCAUGGACACCUCUGCUUCGUAUUCAUCAGCCAAGACGUCCAGGCUCUGUAGCCGAGUCUGGAUGCAAAGCUCCCGAGGACACGCUGAGUGGGGGGCCGGGGCGGGAGGAGUGGGACGUGGGGUGGAGUCGGGCCUUUUUUCUUCUUCUUCUUCUACACCCCUCGCCACAAGCUCCUUCGCUUUCAGCGUCUCUCCUCUUCAGACCUGCUCCAUUGCACAGAAUUAUCGACGACAACGACGAAAACCCUGCAAAAAAAAGUGGACGACCUCACCUCUUCUCUCCACAAGCGGACUCGAUUGACUCAAACUCGUAGUGUUGUUACGUGCAAUUUUCCUUAGAGUGUAUUUUUACUUUAUAGACAUGCAUAAUAAUCUACAAAAAAAAGGAGAUACAAAAUAAUAAUAGCUAAAUAAUAUAUUUGUCCCUUGUGAAGAUUUCCUGUUUGACUGAGACAGUGGAUUUGUGAGAUGUUAUUUGUGAUGCAGCUCAGACAUCGAACAGCUGGGAAAGAAAUAUUUAGGGCUGUCAGUGUUUGGUGGCAGUGGGUGAUUUUCUUCAUGGCUGGGUACGGCACGGUAACUAUAUAAUGUUUAUGUGGAGAAUAACAACACAUUCUGCACUGUUCCUCCCAAUGUAUCGGUGAAGGGAAGCAUCUCAUUAUGACAAUAUCCUUACCACUAACCACGUCAACACUGUUCGCGUGCAUACACACACACACAGACAGACACACACACACACACACAGACACACGCAUGCACACAAUGAUGUCCCGCUGCUGUUCAGAUUAAAACGUUAAAAUGGUCUCCUCAAUAUGCUACUUUCAUGGAGGUGCUCUACCGGCCAUGUGCUGAAGCAACAUCUUCACCUAGUCGAAGAGCUCCUUCUUCUUCUGUGAUGAACAAAAAAACGAAGAAAAAAAGUUGAGGGCGAGGGGGGAGAAAGUCACCGAGACAGAGAGAGAGUGAGAGAGAGAGAGACUCAGAAGAGAGUGAGAUGGUGGGGAGGUGGAGGGGGCGUUCAAGCACAGUAACAGUGAGUGGGCGAGUUUUCUGUUUCCGUGUGACUGAGCUUCACCGGAUUUCAUCCAUUCAUUAGCUACUCACUGACACACAUGCAUUAUGGUAAUAUUUACUCAACAUGGCGGCCUGACAGCUUGCUUGAGAAUGAAACUGAUUGGUUGAGUGACUUGGUCAAUCAUGACUGCACAUGUGUGUUUGUGUGCGUGUGUGUGUGCGUGUAUGUGUGCAUGUUUGGGUACGUUUGUGUAAACCAGUGAGCGUGUGCAUUCUAGCAUGUGCCGUGUGCCAUCGUUCUUGAGUUAUUCCGUGCUACAGCCAAUGAAAGAUAUUUUCCUCAGCAGCCAAUGAGAUUGUGCUCUGCAGGGUGGGGAGCCGCUACAGAUAUAUGAUGAGAAGAACAAACAGCUUGUAAAUGAAAUCUAUGACAUGUUUGUCGAUCUUAUCUUUUGGAAUUGUUGAAUACAUUUAAAUAAUAAAUGGGAUUUUUUGAGUGA